AUGUUUUCUCUCUUCUCUCUCUUUCCAACAUUUAUUAUAUUCACAGAUUUUUUUGACAAUCGCGUUUUGUUACCUUCUGAUGCAUCCCCUUCACAAUGUCCAUCCGGAUUAGCUAAGGCCAUAUCGCCGAAAUUACUCUCUACUGUUAAACACGGUUAUGAACACGAUAAACCUCCCUCUCAUGAGCACAUCGCGAAUCAAGAACUUUCAUUUCACACGAGUGUCAUCGACAUGACAAUAUCAGCGCCUCCUAUGUACUCUCUUGGUCUGCAAAUAAAUCCUUUUGCUUCAGGUAGCCAAAGAAAGUAUAUUGAGUACUAUGGUUCGCAUUCACGACGCCUUUUCUUUUUGUCUCUGAUCGGAGAAGUGUAUGGAAGCAAACAGUACAAGAAGAAGUCUCUAAGAUUGGAUAAAAUAAAUUCAAAGACAACAAAACCUUGUAAAAACUGGCAUAUCCGUAUAAUCGAUCUUUCAUUUAUCGUUCUUUUAAUUGGAAAUCGUGCAUAUGGGAAAAACCCAUAUACAGAAAAUGCAAACACAUCCUACUAUCCUGCUGUUCUGACGUUUUCUUAUGUUCGAAAGUUGGUCUUCCCACCUAUGACUAAGCCAGCUUCAUACACUUGUAAAAACUAUCUGAUCAAAUUAGUAUGGAUAGAAAAUAAAAACCUUGAAUUCUUCAAGAUCUUUAAACUUGAAACACCCUAUUUUAUCAGACACGGAUUUAAUAUGAAAUGUCAAAUUGAACAAUAUGCUCCCUGGUUAAGAAUUGUAAAGAUAGACGAAAAAGAAAAUAUAUCCUUAUUAUAA